AGAAAAAUGGACACAGGAAACUGCUCCUUGUUUACUGAAUUUCUCCUGUUGGGAAUCACUAAUAACUCUGGUAUGAAAGUAGUUCUGUUCAUUGUGUUUCUACUUGUCUAUCUCAUUAAUCUGCUGGCAAAUUUUGGUAUGAUCAUUUUAAUAAGAAUGGAUCCCCAGCUUCAAACACCAAUGUACUUUUUCCUGAGCCACCUCUCUUUCUCUGACCUCUGCUACUCUACUGCCGUUGGGCCCAAGAUGCUGGUGGACCUGUUGGCCAAGAACAAAUCAAUUCCUUUUGUUGGUUGCGCUCUGCAGUUCUUCUUCACCUGCAUCUUUGUUGAUGCUGAGUGCAUGCUGCUGGCAGUGAUGGCCUUUGAUAGGUACAAGGCCAUCAGCAACCCCUUGCUCUAUGCAGUAGAAAUGUCCAGCAGGGUGUGCUACCAACUCCUGGUUGGAGUAUACCUUGUGGGAAUGGUAGAUACUGUGGUACAUACUAUAAUGACCUUCGGGUUAUGUUUCUGUGGGACGAAUGAGAUUAACCAUUUCUUCUGUGAUAUCCCUCCUAUCCUGAUGCUAUCGUGCUCAGAUAUACAAGACAAUGAGUUAGUAAUGUUCGCCGUAUUUGGUUUCAUAGAGCUGAGCACCAUCUCAGGAGUUCUUGUCUCCUACUGUUACAUCCUCUCGUCUGUCUUAAAGAUCCGCUCUGCUGAGGGGAGGGCCAAAGCCUUCUCCACCUGUGCCUCUCACUUAACUGCAGUUGCGAUUUUCCAGGGAACUCUCCUCUUCAUGUACUUCAGGCCAAGUUCUGCUUAUUCUCUGGAUCAAGACAAAAUGACUUCACUGUUUUAUACCCUUGUCAUUCCCAUGCUGAACCCACUGAUUUACAGCCUGAGGAACAAGGAUGUGAAAGAAGCUUUGCAAAAACUGAAAAAUAAAAUUUUGUUUUAA